GAGAAAUUUUGAUUGAAGUUUCUACAGCCUAAUCCUCUCUCCUUUAUCCAUGGAUUUUUCAAAGCUUGAUUCAUCUGACAUGCAGCAAUUCUACUCUCAAGAGCAGCAACUAGCGAUGGUUAAUGAAAUGGUGUCAAAGCUGACAGAUGCAUGCUGGGACAAAUGCAUCACGGGUACACCUGGGAACAAGUUCAGUUCGAGUGAAUCUACUUGUCUUUCUAACUGUGCACAUCGCUAUAUUGAGAUGAGCCUACUUAUCAUGAAAAAGUUUCAAAGCUUGCAGUGAAGAUCAUCAACUGUAUUAAUCUGCAAUUUGGUUCUUAGGUUGGUCACUCAUGUCUGUCUUAGAUUACAUCCAAAUUGUUUGGGCGUUGUUAGUUUUUAUCUCCGAAUUUGUGACACAGAGGAAAGUACUAUAGCGUUGGUUCCCAUGUGAAUCUAUAAGAAGUUUAGUACCUUU